UUCUCACACGAUAGUCUCUAAAAACCAUUUCAACGGUUCACUCUCUCUUUCUCUGAAUCUCUCAUUCGCCAUCAGAAUCAUGCACUGCAACGAGAAUGACCCGUUGGUGACAGUCUUCCUUUCAUUCAUCUUCUUGUUCUUCAUGUGUUUCACCAUCUACUAUCUCUACGUUCACUGGUGUCUCCCCCGCUCUAGGAGUCAUCACAUCCGCAGCAGUAACCACCGCCCUACAAUGGUUUUCUUCGCCCCCACCGAUCCUUCUCAUACCGGUCUAGAUCCCGCCGUGGUGAAAUCUCUCCCUGUUUUUACUUUCUCAGACGUGACUCACAAGGAUCCCAUUGAUUGCGCCGUUUGUCUUUCCGAGUUCGAGGACGGCGAGCCGGGUCGGGUUUUGCCUGGUUGUAAACACUCGUUUCAUGUGGAAUGUAUUGACAUGUGGUUUCACUCUCAUUCAACCUGCCCUCUCUGCCGUUCUCUCGUUGAGCCUCACGCAACGACGGUGGAGGAGGAGCAAGUCACGAUCAUGAUCGCGAUUUCUCCUGAACAGGUUUCUGCUACCGAACCGGUAUCGAGCUCGGGAUCUGGAUCUGGAUCUUCUGCGAUGCCGUUGGAUGAUUUAAGGAGAGAACCAGCGGAGACUGAGACCCCUAGGAGGAUUUUCAGCGAGUUCGAAGACCAUUUGACACAUGACUUACCAGCGAAUCACUCGUUUACUUCGCCGAUGAGUCGGAUGUUAUCUUUUACUCGGAUGGUGAGUAGAAAUCGAAGAAGCGCACCGUCUUCUUUUGCCGUAGCUCCGUCUCAAUCGCCGUCGUCAAGCUGCCAGGUAGUGAUGAACGAAUCAGAUAUUGAGCGGGGAGGAGAAGAGAUUAAAAGUGAUUUCCGCCACGUGGGUGUUCCUUAGUGGUAUUGAUUAUUGAUGUUAACAUCAA